AUGUUUAUAUUCGAAAACGCGCAACACUAUUUUAACUUUUUUCGAAAUUUUAAUGGGUGCUACACGGAUAACAAGCUGUUGAAAUAUUUUUUCAAAAAAAGUUACAAUAACUGGUUUAAUGACCCAAGUCAAUAUAAUUACUAUUUUAUAUCCUACUAUGCAGUAGCAAUUUCGUUUUCUGUAUUGAUGAGACAUUUGUUGUUUAAUCCAGAUGUUCAUUUCAGGAGACAAGACAAGAGAAGAAAUAUUGUUGAUAGAUAUCAACAUCAUGCAUAUUCAGUUCCUUAUUACAACCACUGGUUAAGAAACUUUAGUCAGUCUUUUAAAAGCACACUAAUAGAUAAUGAGCCAGAUUAUCAAGAUGAAGACCCUUUGAAUAUUAGACCUAAAAGGGUCCAGUUUUAUGGAAGAUUCCCUUUUUUCUUUGAGGUUCCAAAGUACGGUGUUGAUGAUCCAUAUUAUGAAAAAAACUCCCAUAAGUAUAUGCAAAACUAUUACGAGAGUAUUGGAUAUGUAAAGCCAAGGGAGACACAGCAUAUUUAA